AUGGCCCCCAACUAUGCAAAGAAGUGCCCAGUCAUGGGCCAAGCACCCUCGUCUGGUCACUCCAACGUUGGCCCUCAAGACAUCCAUACCCUGGAAUUAUUGUCCCAUUUCAACCGCGAAAAGAUCCCCGAGCGAGCGGUUCAUGCUCUGGGAGCUGGGGCGUACGGGGAGUUUGAGGUUACCCAUGACAUCUCUGACAUUUGCAAUGUCGACAUGCUCCUCGGUGUCGGCAAAAAGACCUCCUUGGUGACACGUUUUUCAACCACAGGUCUGGAGCGUGGAUCCUCCGAGGGGGUUCAAGACCUGAAGGGCAUGGCUACCAAGUUUUUUACCAGCGAAGGAGAGUGGGACUGGGUCUUCCUCAAUUUCCCUUUCUUUUUCAUCCGCGACCCUGCCAAGUUCCCCGACAUGAUACAUUCGCAACGAAGAGACCCCCAGACCAACCGACUCAACCCGAACAAUUUCUGGGAAUUUGUGACCGAGAACCAUGAAUCCAUUCAUAUGGUAUUGCUACAAUUCAGCGACUUUGGACGUAUGUUUACUUGGCGCACCCUAAGCAGCUACGCAGGACACGCCUUCAAAUGGGUUAUGCCUGACGGCUCGUUCAAAUACGUCCAUUUCUUCCUAGCUUCUGAUCGUGGACCCAACUUCAAAGAUGGUGCCGGUACCAUCAUGGAUUCCAGCGAGCCCGAUUUUGCAAGCAGGGAUCUGUUUGAAGCCAUCGAGCGAGGCGAUUAUCCCUCUUGGACGGCGAAUGUUCAAGUUGUUGAUCCUAAAGACGCGCCUCAUCUUGACUUCAAUAUUCUUGACGUCACCAAGCACUGGAACCUAGGAACAUACCCCCAGGGUAUGGACAAAAUCCCUCCUCGGCCUUUUGGCAAGCUUACCUUGAAUCGCAACGUGAAGGACUACUUCAGUGAGGUUGAGCAGCUAGCGCUCUCGCCUUCUAAUCUAGUUCCUGGUGUGGAGGCUUCCGAGGAUCCCGUUCUACAGGCCCGCCUUUUCGCAUACCCUGACGCUCAACGGUACCGCCUGGGGAAGUCAGCGCCAAAGCAGGGGCCCCUUCGGACCGUAUCGGCUGCCAGAAAUCAGACUAGCCUCGGAAAAGACUUCGCUGAUUGGGUUGCGCAAGUCUCUUCAGACGUAUGGUCUCAGCCUCAUGAGGAUGAUUACAAAUUUGCCCGGGAGUAUUAUGAGGUGCUUCCUGAAUUCCGGAGCCAGGAUUUCCAGGAUCGAAUGGUGGAAAGAAUCAUCGAAUCAGUCUCGCAGACCCGUCAGGAUAUUCGAAGCAAGGUUUAUCGCACUUUUGCCUUGGUUUCAUCUGAAUUAGCCACCCGGGUGCAAGAGGGCAUUGAGGGGGUCGAAGCCAGCCAGGGGCCAAAUGUCCAAUCUAGACUAUGA